CCGGAAUAACGAUACAGAUAACAAUUAUUAUCUACAUGAGUAUAUUCAACAUUAUCAACUACUAAGUCUUCAACCGACGUAAACGUAACUUAAACAAUUGAAAAUAAGUUUAUUAUUAUUUUAAUUCAGAAUUAAAGUACAAAUCGUUUGAAAUUAAAAUUGAUGGUGAAGGCAUACAUCUAUCAACCAUAUUUAAUAUAUUUUAUGAAAUGGAGAUUCCUGAAAAAAAUCUAGAGAUUGCCACUAUAGAGUACGUUCAACCUAAAAUUAAAAAGUUUUCAUUUACAUCAGAAGUAUUAGGCGUCGUCUUAUUGAAUCAAAUAUUGUGUUUUGAUAAUUGUUUUUUUGUUGUUAUUAGUCAAGAUAAAACUUUUUCAUGCUUAUCUGUUGCUAUGACACAAAGAAAUAGCACAGAUACAAUAUCUAGUGCUAUUUUUAGCACAGAUCCUGAUAGUAGAUCUGAAUCAAUAGCUAACACACUAACAAAAAGCUUGAAAACAUCAACUCCAAUAUAUGUGAGCUUUAAUGCAAACAUUGAAACUAUUGGGUUAAAAGAUGUUGUUUCAAGUUUAAUUAAUUUUUUUAAAUCUCAUUCAGAAAUAUUUGUUAAAUAAAUAUUGAAUUAGAAUACAAAUAAAUUAU